CCGGCGCUGGCACCGAGCUGGGGCUGCGGCUGCGGCGGGGCCGCCAUGGGGCUGUGAGCGCAGCGCCGGGGCCGCCUCCCCGCGCCCCGCGCCCCGCCGCUGCAAGGACGGGGCGGGGGCUGCUCGCAGAGGGUCUCCCAUGGGCCUGACUAGCCGGACCUGGAUGCCAUGGAGCUGUGUGCAAAAAAGCACCCGCCAGAGGAAGAAAGGCGGGUGAAGGCCAAUGCCCGAGAGUACAACGAAAAGUUCCAGUAUGCGAGUAACUGUAUCCAGACCUCCAAGUACAAUAUCAUCACCUUCCUGCCCGUCAACCUCUUCGAGCAGUUCCAGGAAGUGGCCAACACCUAUUUCCUCUUUCUCCUCAUCCUGCAGCUGAUCCCCCAGAUCUCCUCGCUCUCCUGGUUCACCACCAUCGUGCCUUUGGUUCUCGUCUUAACUAUCACAGCUGUCAAAGAUGCCACUGACGACUACUUCCGCCACAAGAGCGACAACCAGGUGAACAAUCGCCAAUCUCAGGUGCUGAUCAACGGAACCCUCCAGCAGGAGCAGUGGAUGAACGUGCGCGUCGGAGACAUCAUCAAGCUGGAGAACAACCACUUCGUGGCGGCUGACCUCCUGCUCCUCUCCAGCAGCGAACCCCAUGGGCUGUGCUACAUAGAGACGGCCGAGCUCGAUGGAGAGACCAACAUGAAAGUGCGCCAGGCCAUUCCUGUCACCUCGGAGCUGGGGGACAUCAGCAAGCUGGCCCGGUUUGAUGGUGAGGUGAUCUGCGAGCCCCCCAACAACAAACUGGACAAGUUCAGCGGGACCCUGUACUGGAAGGAGAACAAAUACCAGCUGAGCAACCAGAACAUGCUGCUGCGGGGCUGCAUGCUCCGCAACACCGAGUGGUGCUUCGGCCUCGUCGUCUUCGCAGGUCCCGACACCAAGCUGAUGCAGAACAGCGGGAGGACCAAGUUCAAGAGGACGAGCAUCGACCGGCUGAUGAACACGCUGGUGCUCUGGAUCUUCGGGUUCCUGGUGUGCAUGGGGGUAAUCCUGGCCAUCGGCAAUGCCAUCUGGGAGCACGAGGUGGGAGCCUGCUUCCAGAUCUACCUGCCCUGGGACACGGCGGUGGACAGUGCCUUCUUCUCUGGCUUCCUCUCCUUCUGGUCCUACAUCAUCAUCCUCAACACCGUGGUGCCCAUCUCGCUCUACGUCAGGUAG